UGUGAUUAAUUAAAUCAAAAUGGCUGAUGAUGAAAAAGCAAGCCUAGUGUUCAUCCCCUUCCCCGUCGUGAGCCACCUGGUUGCGGCGGUGAAGACGGCGGAGCUUCUCGCCGCCCACGACGGCCGCCUCUCCAUCACAGUCCUCGUCAUGAGCAUGCCAACGGACACCAAGAUCAGCUCCUACAUCAAGAAUCCGCAGAUCAACUUCGUGCAGCUCGAACAAGACGUAUCCAAUGGCACAGAAGCGAUCAUGAAGCCUCCCAAGAGCAUGAUGCAUUUCGCCGGCCGCCACAGGGAUUCCGCCCGGGCGGUUGUGUCCGAGAUGAAGAGAUCCGGCAAAGUCGCCGGAAUCUUCGUCGACAUUGUGUGUGUCGCCAUGAUCGACGUGGCGAAGGAGCUCAACAUCUCGAGUUACAUUUUCUUUGCUAGUGGCGCCGCAAUUCUAGGGCUCACGUUCGAUUUGCAGAGUCUUCAAGACGAUGGCGGCCGGAAUUUGGCUGAGUUCGAGGGUUCAGAUGAGGUGGUUUCGAUCUCGUCGUAUGUUAACCCGGUUCCGGCUAGGGUUUGGCCGGAAUCGGUGUUCGAUGGGGAGAGCGGCUUCCUCGAGCUAUCGAGGAAGGCGCGGGAAGCGGACGGGAUCCUCAUCAACACUUUCCUUGAAUUCGAAUCAUAUGCGAUAGGUUCAACUUAUGCUAAUGAGCGGAUCCCAAUGUUUUACCCGAUCGGGCCGAUCAUCGGUGACAGGAGAGACGAGAACGACGAGAACCAACAUAGGCGUGGGGAAAUGAUGCGGUGGCUAGACGGGCAGCCGGAUUCGUCGGUCGUGUUCCUCUGCUUCGGGAGCACAGGAGCUUUCAGGGCGGAGCAGGUGGUGGAGAUCGCAAAGGCACUGGAGCAGAGUGGGGAGCGGUUUUUGUGGUCGUUGAGAAAGCCGAUUUUCGAAGGGGGGUUUGCUUUUCCGACGGAGUACGAGAAUCCCGGGGAGGUAUUGCCAGUAGGGUUCCUAGAGCGCACGGCGGGGGUGGGUAAGGUGAUCGGGUGGGCCCCUCAGGUAGCAGUGUUGUCUCACCCUUCGGUGGGGGGGUUCGUGUCGCACUGUGGAUGGAACUCGAUUCUAGAGAGUGUAUGCUGUGGGGUCCCUAUGGCAGCUUGGCCGCUGGGGGCUGAGCAACAGACCAACGCAUUCCAAUUGGUGAAGGACAUUGGAAUUGCCGUCGAGAUUAAGAUGGAUUAUCGAAAGAAUAGUGGUGAGAUUGUGGCCAAAAAUAUUAUCGAGAAGGCAAUCAAGCAGCUAAUGGACCCCACGAAUAAGAUUCGAGUUAGGGUUAGGGAGUUGAAGGAGAAGAGCACGAGGGCCCUCGUAGAAGGAGGAUCAUCAUAUAACUGCUUAGGUCUUCUAAUUCACAAUUUCUUCAUGAGUUGUUGAAUGAUGCUCCGUUUAAUUAACCUAUGUUAAUUCCAAGGCUAUUCUGCCUAAGAAUAUUGUGUUUUGGUUUCUAUUAUCAUACUUUAUUCAUGGAUGUUACAAAUAUUGAAAUAUGUUAUCAACAUUUGAUAUGUAGAAAUCAUGAAAGAAAG